AUGGUCAACGCUGAAUCGUCUACUUCACACAAUCAAAAUGUCUCAUCUUAUCCCUUUAGAAAUAAUAAUGUUAAUAUCUUAUCCAAUCUGGACAGUACACAUGGAUAUGUUGAUUUAAAGUGUAUAAAGGGGAAAAGUCUUCGAGAAAGAUUUCACGAAUUAUUACCGUCAUCCUCCACAUCAUCAUCAUCAUCUUCGGUUUCAAUCAAAUAUGAACUAGACAAUCGUAUUGAUCGUUUUAAAGAAGCUUGUCUACAGUUAAUUGGUAAAGAUUCAGUCAGUCUGAAAGAACUUGCCACGUCUGCUAUAUUCAUACUCCUUGGAGAUAUGGGUGAUCAAUUCGUAGAGUUGAUUAGUCGUAGUGUCUCUGUUGUCGAUAUACCACGUCAUUGUUCACUGAAACAAUUAAAGCCUAAAUUGCUAUGCAAAAUUGGAGCUUCUGGAGCUGUGAAUAUUGAUUUAGCAUGGAUUGAUGUAUGCAAAUGUCUAGGAUCACUGUUAGCCUAUCAUCCAUUUAAGACAGUUGAUCGAGAUCAAUUCAGUGAAUUAUUUCGUCAAUGUCGUGUUGUUUCACAGAAUGAAGAACUUAUUCUAAAACUUGUAAAUAAUAAUGUUAAUAGUAGUAGUAGUCAUAAGCAGAGAAAAGCAUUUCAUCGGAGUACAUCUAGUAAAAAGAAUUCUGCUGAAAAAAGGAAUGGAAGUGUAGAAAAACAGGAUGGCUGUAAUAAUGACCUUCAAGACGAGGAUGUGACUGAUCCAUUCAGGCGACUUCUUCUAGCUCCUCUAAUUGAACAAAAUAAAAAGAAAUCUACCAGCCAACCCGCAGCUGCUUCUUCUUCGUCUACCUCACUACAGUCAACCAGUCUUUCUACAUUAACAAACAAGUUAUCUCAUAAAGCUAGACAAUUAGACAUAUCCGAUGAACAAUUUAUUCAAAUGAUCUUUGAUAUUUUAGCCUCUUCUAAGUCAAAUGAUGAAGUACAAGAAGAGUUAUUCGAAUUAAUUGGAUUGGAUUGUGUGGAUAUUGUCUUCGAUCUGGUAAAUCGGCGGGAUGAAUGGAUAAAUGUUUAUUUUCCAAGCGAUGAUCAGAAAUCUGCUGAAGAAGUUAACUGUACUGAUCAGAAUGAAGUUAAAAAUGAUAAAGGAUCAAAUGCAGCACUAAUUGAACGAUUGUUAACUGAUCCAAUCAGUGCGUCAAAUAGUAUACAGGCUAGAAUUGAAGUGAAUGCCAACCAGACAAUGGAACGUUUGCGUAAAGCUUUAGCUAAUCGUUCUACUUCUUCACAGUUAAAUACUAUGCCGUAUGUUUUUGAUGCAUCAGCUGAACUGCGUAAAACAGUCAACAUUGGAGAUACUUCAAAGCUUUUAUUGCCGGAGAAUGUAAAGUAUCAACAGUCGACAAUCUGUGAUCAAGUUGAUUUCCCGUUAUCUUCUAAACCACCAGAAGAUUUACUCAAUGUAGAACGUGUGAAAAUUAAGUCAUUAGACGAAGUUGGUCAGAUGGUAUUUCAAGGCAUAAAAGAAUUGAAUUUAAUCCAAUCUGUGGUCUAUCCAACUGCCUAUCAUACAUCAGAGAAUCUUCUGGUCUCAGCACCAACUGGUGCCGGCAAAACAAAUGUUGCUUUACUGACAGUUGUUCAUCUUCUACGUUCACAUAUGAAAGGUGAUAAUGUAUUAGAUUUAAAAGCUUUUAAAAUUGUAUAUUUGGCACCAAUGAAAGCACUUGCAGCUGAAAUGGCUGAUACCUUUUCAAAACGUCUUAGUCCUUUAGGUGUACGUGUUAGAGAGUGUACUGGUGAUAUACAGCUGAGUAAACAAGAAAUACUUGAGACACAGAUGCUUGUUAGUACACCAGAGAAAUGGGAUGUUAUCUCUCGUAAAGGGACUGGUGAUGCUACUCUAGUGAAAUUAGUUAAACUGCUUAUCAUCGAUGAAGUUCAUUUGUUACAUGAAGAUCGUGGUGCUGUUAUUGAAGCUUUGGUGGCAAGAACAUUACGUCAAGUUGAAAGUUCACAAACAAUGAUACGGCUAGUUGGUCUAUCCGCCACACUACCAAACUAUAUAGAUGUUGCUCGUUUCCUUUGUGUUAAUUUACAACGUGGUUUAUUCUACUUUGAUUCACGAUUUCGACCAGUUCCCCUUGGAAUGUCAUUUAUUGGUAUACGUGGAGCUAAUCGUAAAGUACAAGAUGUGAAUAUGAGUUCAGUGUGUUAUGAUAAGGUUUUAGAACAAGUGAAAAAAGGUGAACAGGUAAUGGUGUUUGUUCAUGCUCGUGGUGAUACAUUUAGAACAGCUCGGGGAUUACGUACAUCAGCACAACAACUUGGUCAUAUGAUGUAUUUUCGUAAUGAAGAUAAUUUUGCAGUGAAAACGUGUUUAAAAAAGAUACAAAAAUCGUCGGAUUCAGCUAUUAAAGAUCUAGUUCCAGAUGGUUUCGCCUGUCAUCAUGCUGGUAUGCUACGUGUUGAUCGUAGUCUUGUCGAAAAGUUAUUUGCUGAUGGGUAUAUACGCGUAUUAGUGUGUACCGCGACCCUGGCUUGGGGAGUGAAUCUCCCAGCACAUGCUGUCAUUAUCAAAGGUACACGUGUAUAUAAGGCAGAGAAAUCAGAUUUUGUCAAUUUAGAUGUAUUGGAUGUACUACAGAUAUUUGGUCGUGCUGGUCGACCACAGUUUGACACAUAUGGUCAAGCAACACUGAUAACUACUCAAGAUUCUUUAGUGCAUUAUUUACGUUUAAUAACCAAUCAAGGACCAAUUGAAAGUACUUUACUAGCUAACCUACAUGAUCAUUUGAAUGCAGAGAUUGCUUUAGGUACUGUCUCAAAUAUUGAUGAAGCUGUCACUUGGUUGAGUUAUACCUACCUAUUUAUUCGUUUAAGACAGAAUCCUCUUCAAUAUGGUUUAACUACAGCUAUACUCGAACGUGAUCCAGAUCUAGUUGAAUUUUUAGGCCGUGUUAUCCGCACUUGUGCUACUGACUUGGAUUCAGCUGAAAUGAUCCGAUAUGAACCAGCUACCGGGCAGUUGGCUUCAACAGAUCGUGGACGUACAGCUAGUUUAUAUUAUAUACGUUAUGCAACUGCUGCAAUGGUGAAAGAUGCCUUAGAGCCGACAAUGAUGAUUCCACAGAUAUUUAGUAUGCUUAGUGAAGCAGCGGAAUUUGCAUCAAUGAAGGCUGACAGUAUUAGAAAUAAUAAUGUUAAUAUCUUAUCCAACCUGGACAGUACACAUGGAUAUGUUGAUUUAAAGUGUAUAAAGGGGAAAAGUCUUCGAGAAAGAUUUCACGAAUUAUUACCGUCAUCAUCAUCCUCAUCCUCCACAUCAUCAUCAUCAUCUUCGGUUUCAAUCAAAUAUGAACUAGACAAUCGUAUUGAUCGUUUUAAAGAAGCUUGUCUACAGUUAAUUGGUAAAGAUUCAGUCAGUCUGAAAGAACUUGCCACGUCUGCUAUAUUCAUACUCCUUGGAGAUAUGGGUGAUCAAUUCGUAGAGUUGAUUAGUCGUAGUGUCUCUGUUGUCGAUAUACCACGUCAUUGUUCACUGAAACAAUUAAAGCCUAAAUUGCUAGGCAAAAUUGGAGCUUCUGGAGCUGUGAAUAUUGAUUUAGCAUGGAUUGAUGUAUGCAAAUGUCUAGGAUCACUGUUAGCCUAUCAUCCAUUUAAGACAGUCGAUCGAGAUCAGUUCAGUGAAUUGUUUCGUCAAUGUCGUGUUGUUUCACAGAAUGAAGAACUUAUUCUAAAACUUGUAAAUAAUAAUGUUAAUAGUAGUAGUAGUAGUAGUCAUAAGCAGAGAAAAGCAUUUCAUCGGAGUACAUCUAGCAAAAAGAAUUCUGUUGAAAAAAGGAAUGGUAGUUUGGAAAAACACGAUGGCUGUAAUAACGACCUUCAAGAAGACGAGGAUGUGACUGAUCCAUUCAGGCGACUUCUUCUAGCUCCUCUAAUUGAACAAAAUAAGAAGAAAUCUACCAGCCAACCUGCAGCUGCUUCUUCUUCGUCUACCUCACUACAGUCAACCAGUCUUUCUACAUUAACGAACAAGUUAUCUCAUAAAGCUAAACAAUUAGACAUAUCAGAUGAACAAUUUAUCCAAAUGAUCUUUGAUAUUUUAGCCUCUUCUAAGUCAAAUGAUGAAGUACAAGAAGAGUUAUUCGAAUUAAUCGGAUUGGAUUGUGUGGAUAUUGUCUUCGAUCUGGUAAAUCGACGGGAUGAAUGGAUAAAUGUUUAUUUUCCAAGCGAUGAUCAGAAAUCUGCCGAAGAAGUUAACUGUACUGAUCAGAAUGAAGUUAAAAAUGAUAAAGGAUCAAACGCAGCACUAAUUGACCGAUUGUUAACUGAUCCAAUCAGUGCAUCAAAUAGUAUACAGGCUAGAAUUGAAGCGAAUGCCAGCCAGACAAUGGAACGUUUACGUAAAGCUUUAGCUAAUCGUUCUACUUCUUCACAGUUGAAUACUAUGCCGUAUGUUUUUGAUGCAUCAGCUGAACUGCGUAAAACAGUCAACAUUGGAGACACUUCAAAGCUUUUAUUGCCGGAGAAUGUAAAGUAUCAACAGUCGACAAUCUGUGAUCAAGUUGAUUUCCCGUUAUCUUCUAAACCACCAGAAGAUUUAAUCAAUGUAGAACGUGUGAAAAUUAAGUCAUUAGAUGAAGUUGGUCAGAUGGUAUUUCAAGGCAUAAAAGAAUUGAAUUUAAUCCAAUCUGUGGUCUAUCCAACUGCCUAUCAUACAUCAGAGAAUCUUCUGGUCUCAGCACCAACUGGUGCCGGCAAAACAAAUGUUGCCUUACUGACAAUUGUUCAUCUUCUACGUUCACAUAUGAAAGGUGAUAAUGUAUUAGAUUUAAAAGCUUUUAAAAUUGUAUAUUUAGCACCAAUGAAAGCGCUGGCAGCUGAAAUGGCUGAUACCUUUUCAAAACGUCUCAGUCCUUUAGGUGUACGUGUUAGAGAGUGUACUGGUGAUAUACAGCUGAGUAAACAAGAAAUACUUGAGACACAGAUGCUUGUUAGUACACCAGAGAAAUGGGAUGUUAUCUCUCGUAAAGGGACUGGUGAUGCUACUCUAGUGAAAUUAGUUAAACUGCUUAUCAUCGAUGAAGUUCAUUUGUUACAUGAAGAUCGUGGUGCUGUUAUUGAAGCUUUAGUGGCAAGAACAUUACGUCAAGUUGAAAGUUCACAAACAAUGAUACGGCUAGUUGGUCUAUCCGCCACACUACCAAACUAUAUAGAUGUUGCUCGUUUCCUUUGUGUUAACUUACAACGUGGUUUAUUCUACUUCGAUUCACGAUUUCGACCAGUUCCCCUUGGAAUGUCAUUUAUUGGUAUACGUGGAGCUAAUCGUAAAGUACAAGAUGUGAAUAUGAGUUCAGUGUGUUAUGAUAAGGUUUUAGAACAAGUGAAAAAAGGGGAACAGGUAAUGGUGUUUGUUCAUGCUCGUGGUGAUACUUUUAGAACAGCUCGGGGAUUACGCACAUCAGCACAACAACUUGGUCAUAUGAUGUAUUUUCGUAAUGAAGAUAAUUAUGCAGUGAAAAUGUGUUUAAAAAAGAUACAAAAAUCCUCGGAUUCAGCUAUUAAAGAUCUAGUUCCAGAUGGUUUUGCCUGUCAUCAUGCUGGUAUGCUACGUGUUGAUCGUAGUCUUGUCGAAAAGUUAUUUGCUGAUGGGUAUAUACGCGUAUUAGUGUGUACCGCGACGCUGGCUUGGGGAGUGAAUCUCCCAGCGCAUGCUGUUAUUAUCAAAGGUACACGUGUAUAUAAAGCAGAGAAAUCAGAUUUUGUCAAUUUAGAUGUAUUGGAUGUACUACAGAUAUUUGGUCGUGCCGGUCGACCACAGUUUGACACAUAUGGUCAAGCAACACUGAUCACUACUCAAGAUUCUUUAGUGCAUUAUUUACGCUUGAUAACAAAUCAAGGACCAAUUGAAAGUACUUUACUAGCUAACCUACAUGAUCAUUUGAAUGCAGAGAUUGCUUUAGGUACUGUCUCAAAUAUUGAUGAAGCUGUCACUUGGUUGAGUUAUACCUACUUAUUUAUUCGUUUAAGACAGAAUCCUCUUCAAUAUGGAUUAACUACAGCUAUACUCGAACGUGAUCCAGAUCUGGUCGAAUUUUUAGGCCGUGUUAUCCGAACUUGUGCUACUGACUUAGAUUCAGCUGAAAUGAUCCGUUAUGAACCAGCUACCGGUCAAUUGGCUUCAACAGAUCGUGGACGUACAGCUAGUUUAUACUAUAUACGUUAUGCAACUGCUGCAAUGGUGAAAGAUGCUUUAGAGCCGACAAUGAUGAUUCCACAGAUAUUUACUAUGCUUAGUGAAGCAGCGGAAUUUGCAUCAAUGAAGGUUCGUGAAGAAGAAGGCACAGAACUUGUUGAUAUCAAAAAUAGCGUCUGUCAUCUGCCUAUACAACAGGCUGGUACAGUUGAUACAGAUGUUGUGGCUAAAGUCAAUGUCCUAUUACAAGGUUAUAUUAGUCGACAUAUGCCUAGUUGUCAUUCCCUGAUGUCUGAUAUGAAUUUUGUUCAACAAAAUGCUGGUCGACUAGUUCGAUAUCUAUUUGAAAUUUCAUUACGUCAAGGUUGGUCACAAUGUGCUAGUAUUACACUGACACUAGCUAAAAUGUUUGAACAACGACUAUGGGAUGGACAAAGUCCAUUAUGGCAAUUUGUAGAAAAUGGGAAACAAAGAUUAAUUCAACGUGUUGAAGAACUUCACCUAUCAAUUGAUCGAAUACGUGAAAUUGAUGUCAAUGAAUUAGCUUUCUUAUUUCACUAUCAAGGGAAAGAAGGUGCACGAGAGAUCAGCCGAUUAGCUUCAUAUUUGCCUAGAAUUCAAUUAGAUGUUGAAUCACAACCGAUUACACGGACAAUACUUCGUGUAAAAUUAACUCUUCAACCUGAUUUCACAUGGUCGAAUCAUAUACACGGUUUACAACAAUCCUAUUGGGUAUGGAUUGAAGAUCCUGAUCAAGGUGUAAUAUUUCAUUCAGAAUAUUGGACAUUGAAUAAACGUAUGUACAGUACAAAAACACCUCAAGUAUUAAAUUUUACUAUUCCAUUGUAUGAACCUUAUCCAAAUCAAUAUUUUGUACGUGUUCUCAGUGAUUGUUGGCUUGGUGCUGAUUCUACAUGUCCAGUGUCAUUUAAACGUCUUAUUCUGCCUAGCAGUGAUCCACCACAUACAGAUCUCCUUCGAUUACAGCCUUUGCCUAUUACAGCAUUGAAAAAUUCCAAUUAUGAAUUAUUAUACAAUUUUACUCACUUUAAUCCAAUUCAAACCCAGCUAUUUCAUACACUGUAUCAUCAGAAUGUUAAUGUGCUGUUGGGUGCACCAACAGGAUCUGGGAAAACUGUGGCUGCAGAACUAGCUAUCUUUCGUGUUUUCAAUGAAUCACCUAAACAGAAGUGUGUAUAUAUCGCUCCAUUGAAAGCACUUGUACGUGAACGUAUUGAAGAUUGGAAUAUUCGAAUUGGUCAAAAGUUGAAGAAACGGGUUGUUGAAUUAACUGGUGAUGUAACACCUGACAUCCAGCAUCUAUUACGUUCUGAUUUAAUUGUUACUACACCAGAGAAAUGGGAUGGUAUAUCACGUUCAUGGCAGCAUAGAUCAUAUGUUCGUCAAGUCGCUUUAAUUGUUAUCGAUGAAAUUCACUUACUUGGUGAAGAACGUGGUCCUGUUCUUGAAGUUCUUGUUUCACGAGCUAAUUACAUCGCAAAUCAACUCGGCCAGUCUGUUCGAAUAAUUGGUUUAUCCACUGCUUUAGCUAAUGCCCCCGAUCUGGCGGCUUGGUUGCAUGUACCAUCUACAAUGACGUCUAUCUCAGAAGUAGCCUCUAUAUCAGGUGUAAGCUAUGGUUUGACAGGUAGAGGUUUAUUCAACUUUCGACCGUCAGUUAGACCAGUCCCGCUGGAAGUUCAUAUUCAAGGCUAUCCUGGGAGACAUUAUUGUCCACGUAUGGCUACAAUGAAUCGACCGAUAUAUCAAGCUAUUCGCAGUCAUUCACCGACAAAACCUGUACUAAUAUUUGUAUCAAGUCGUCGUCAGACUAGACUAACUGCAUUAGAUUUAGUUAGCUUUGUUGCAGCCUCUGAAGAUUCUAAAUGUUGGCUACACAUGAAACCAGAAGAGAUGGAAUUAAUUUGUGAAAAUAUACAAGAAGCAAAUCUCCGAUUAACUUUAUCCUUUGGCAUUGGAUUACAUCAUGCUGGUCUACAGAAUAAAGAUCGUUCAUUAGUUGAAGAAUUAUUUGCAAAUCAAAAAAUUCAAAUUUUAAUCGCCACUUCCACAUUAGCUUGGGGUGUAAAUUUUCCAGCGCAUUUAGUUAUUGUCAAAGGUACUGAAUAUUAUGAUGGCAAAACAAAGACCUAUGUAGAUUAUCCAAUAACUGAUGUCCUUCAGAUGAUGGGACGUGCUGGACGUCCACAAUUCGACGAUCAAGGCAAGGCUGUAAUUAUGGUACAGAAUUCAAAGAAAACCUUUUAUAAAAGAUUUCUGUAUGAACCAUUCCCUGUUGAAAGCUACUUAAUUCAUGUGCUACCGGAUCAUUUAAAUGCUGAAAUUGUAGCCGGUACAAUAACAACUAUGCAAGAAGCAUUGGAUUAUUUAACAUGGACAUUCUUUUUUCGACGUCUCUAUUCAAAUCCAUGUUAUUAUGGUUUAGAGGAUUGUGAACCGCAAUCAGUGAAUACCUUUCUAUCAGGUAUUAUUACAUCAGCAUGUCAACAACUGGCUGAAUCUUCAUGUUUACAUAAAGAUGCAAUUUGUGAACAAAUGUUAGUAUCAACACCACUUGGUCGAUUAGCUUCUUAUUACUAUCUGUCACAUUUAACUAUGAAAUUAUUUACAAGUACAAUUCGACCAACAUCAGAUGUACAUGAACUACUGAAAAUAUUAUCAAAUGCUCAUGAAUACUAUUUAUUACCUGUUCGACAUAAUGAAGAUGAAAUGAAUAAACUACUGGCGAAUCAAUUGCCACUACCAGCUAUCGGUCCAAUGGAUUCACCGCAUACAAAAACCCAUUUGCUAUUUCAAGCACAUUUUUCACGUAUUGAAGAGUUACCAAUUGUUGACUAUAAAACAGAUACACGUUCUGUACUAGAUCAAGCGAUAAGAAUAUUACAAGCUAUGUUAGAUGUUAGCGCUGAAUGUGGAUGGCUUCGUACUUGUUUAAAUUGUAUCCUAUUAAUGCAAAUGAUUACACAAGGAUUAUGGGUUGAAGAAUAUGGUAGCAGUCUUUUACAAUUACCGAGAAUAACACGUGAACAUUUAGAUUAUUUCAGAGGAAAUCAUAACACAAAUAUAAAUUCGCUACCUGAACUUAUUGACUAUGUUGCAUCAUCACCUAAUCGAUUAGAUUCUAUGCUACGAGGUCAAUUAGAACCAAGUACCAUUAAUCUUGUCAAACAAGCAGUGAAACGUUUUCCUCUGAUUGACAUUCACUCAUGUUUAAUUGGUCCAAAUCCAUCCUUAUCACCUCUACAGUCAACAGUUAGAGAAUUUAUCAUAAAUAAUAAAACUGGUCAAAGUUCAAAUUGUUUAACAGUAUACUCUGAUAUAGAAUAUGUUCUGCGUAUUGAAUUACUACGUUCAUCGCUUGAUAAUGAAUAUUAUGGAAAUAAACCAGUAAUUACAGCCUCCUUAAUCAAAUCCAAAACAUACGAAGGUUGGUUCCUCCUGUUGGGGAAUUGUGAAGUCAACAUCAACACUGGUGGAGAGCUGCUAGUUCUUAAACGUGUACCACCGAAAUCAGUUGUAAUUCACAAAAAGGACUAUACAUCAAAACAGCGCCUGUUCAAAAAUAACAAAGGAAAACAUUUUAUCAAUCUAAUGGUAAAAUUCCCGCCACCAAUAACACUAGCACCAUCAAUAAACAGUAAUGAUGUUGAUGGCAUCAAUCCUCCCAUGGAAUGUAGACAACGUUAUCAACUCACUCUAUUCUUAAUGUCGGAUACUUAUUUGGGAUUAGAUCAACAGAUUGACUUACUAUUUGAUGUGAUUCGUAAACCACCACCUGAGAAUGACAAAGAUGCCGACUUUGUUGGUGAUGAUGAUGA